GGGCUGCUGCUGCUGCUGCUGCGGGCGUCCGCCCUCGACGGCCCGGCCCGGCCAGACGGCGCUGGGCUCGGUUGCGCAGCCAUGCGCUCCGCUCCGCUCCGCUCGUGCUCCGAGGCCACGCCCCCUCCUCUGGCCCUGGAACCAGCCAGCCGCCCGCCCCGCCCCGCCCCCUCAGCUGGGCGCCCUGCUCGCCUCGGCACGGCAAGGCAGCAGCAUCUUUCGCUUUCGUCUGCCAGCAGGGCGGCCAGGAGCCAGCGCCAUCAUGGGUCUCGGCGGCCAGCCGCCCGCGCAGACGGCCAGCCGCGGCCUCCGCUUCGCCCUUCUCCGGCUGAGCCUCGUCGCGCUCCUCCUGCUCCGGCAUCCAGCCCUGGCCAAUGUGGGGUCGAGUGCCGGGAGCUGCAAGUGCUCGAGACGACGCAGUGAACCCCAAAUUGCCCUCAGCAAACUGCAGGCCUGUGAGGCCUGCAACAACGACCUGAUCAAGUUCACCUUCCCUGGAGGCAGGCUUUGUGGCUUCAAGGGUGACGCAUGGGUGACCCGGUGGCUUUCAUACUGCAGCAGAGAAGCUGCUGCCCCCCCCACCCAGGCCGGGGUCAUUGUAGGGGCGGGGGCUGUGAAGGGGCCCCCUGUGCCCGCCCCCACCUUGCCAGAGCCGGAGCUGGCUCAGCCCUCCCCAGGCCCCCCCGAGGAGACGCCAGGGACGCAGCCUGCUCCAGACGUCGCCGUGGAAUCGACCUCGGCCCCUGGAGCGGCCAGGAGCACCCCAGCACCCAGUGGCCGCCCUGCUGGAGCCGGGCUCGGCCAGUCCCCUCAGCAGGGGGAAGGCGAAGGAAGCCCCCCUCCAGCCAAAGACUCCAGGGUGGCCGUGCUGGUGUCGCUUGGCGUGGCCCUGGUCUCCGUGGCGGCCCUCGUCUUCGUGGUGUGCCGGAGGAGGGGCUGGCGCCGGGACAGACCCCUGGAGGGCCCCCAUCCGCCUGGAGACGCAGGUGAAGACGCACUCUGCCUGCCGGGCGAGGAGACCUGAAGGGGACGACGCAGCCCUGAAGGGCCGGCCUGCUGCAGAUGAUGAGUCAGCCCCCCUCCUGGGGCUGCGGGAGACUUUGGGGGUGGGUUGGGGCAGGCAGAUGUGGAGGGCGGUAGCUAGGGGUCGGUCGGUCGGUCCGUUUGUCCACAGAAAAGGGGUGUGUGUUUCUCCUCCUCCUCCUCGGAACGGGGGUCUGGCGCUCUCGACCAGCACCUCCCCCCCCCCGCUCCUUAGACUCCCCCAACACCCCUGUGUUCUUUUUGCACUUUCGAUUCCCUAUCUUUAUACAGAAGCGGAAAAACAGGAAUAUAUUUUGGUUAAAAAACCCCGCCA